AUGGAUAAAUCAUCGAUAUUUAUAAAUAGUAAUAAUAACAAUAGUUCUUCUUUAAAGAAUGAACAACAACAACCAAAUACAGCAGCAGAUACAAGUUUAAUGCAAGAUGAUCAUCAUAAUAUAACAUUCAACAAAGAAGAUGAAAUAAUGAAAAUAUUGAUGGGAGAAGAAGAUGGAGUAAGAAUGAACAAAUUAAAGAUGUUUUUCGAUUUGGUAGUAGAGAGAUCAUUGAAAGAAUUCACAUAUGCAAGAUUUAUAGAAUGUUAUCCAGAAUUGGGUCAACAGACAAUGAAACAACAACAACAAUACCUCUCUAUCGUAUACACCAACGUCUGUUCGUCGUUGAUUGAUAAUAUUAAAAAGGAUUUUGCUGAAAUCUGUAGAGAACGUCAAAUAGCUCCAAGACUAUCAGAACUAGAACAAUUAUUACGUGAACAACCAAUAUUACCAAAUGGUUCAAGAUGUUUACCAAUUGGAUUAAUGAAUCAUCCAGAAGAACAAAUAUUUAUUCAAGUUAAUGAUUUAAAGAAAAUAGAAAAAGAAAGAUUAUCAAAAAUAUAUCAAGAUUUAUUAAAACAAAAUGAACAAGUUUCUAAACAAUUGGAAGAAAAGGAAAAAUGCAAAAAGGAUAUAGUCGAUGAUUUACAAGAUAAAAUUAAAGUUUUAAAUUCUCUGGUUGAUUCAUCAAUUCAAUUGGAUCAACAUGCUUCUAAUCAUCACCAUUAA